AUGUGUGAGGUGAUUGAGAGGUGGAAGCAGUACUAUGACGAGUACCUCAACGGUGGAGCAGCAGAAAACGAAGGUGGCACGGCAACAGACCCUGCUCUGCAAGAAGUUGAGGAGGAGAUCGGUCGGCUGAAGAACAACAAAGCAACUGGUAUAGAUCAACUACCAAAGGCGAAACGGAACCUGAAGCGCCCAGCAGCCUCAACGGAUCACUACGAUGACGAUCGGAAACGCUCGUCGGGAUCGGACCGACUAUUCGAGGCACCUCCACCACCAUCUAUUUCCACUUCGGUUCGCGGUUCCUAUUCGGCUGUUGAAAAGAAACGCCUGGAUGACUACCCGCCAUCGAAACGGGAAGACUACAAGUCCCGUGACGAAUUCAAAUCACGCUCGGGCCCGGUGGAUGACUACCGACGGGACAGUUUCAAGCGCAACGGCGGAGGUGGCGUAAUGGACGACUACAGCAAGCGGGAUUUGGAUCGCCCGUCGAUGCCUUCGAUGGAGAGUCGCUAUACGGAUUCCCGGAAGCGAACUGACUAUCGUGGAAGCGGUGGUCCACGGGAUGAUCGCGAUCGCAAUGGAUCGGCACCAAAGUCCCGUUAUAUGGAUCCGAUGGAUCAACGCUACCCUGAUCGGUCCGGUAGCAGUGGUGGCGGUGGCGGUAGCAGCAGCGGACCAUGGAAUGCUGGACCACCGCAGAUGAGUAUGGCACCGGCUGGUAUGGGAAACGAUGGCUGGCGAAUGGAUAACGGACAGGAUCGGUACGAUCGUACCUAUAACGAGAGGAAAGCCCCGCAAAUGAGCGCCAGCCCCUUCAUGGAUCCAUCGAGGCAGAGUCAAUUCAUGGGAGGUGGCAGCAGCGGUGGACGACCACAAGACCGAUAUGGAGCCCCUGUGUCCGGACGGUUCGAUAAUGGACGAUACUAAGUAGGAAAAGGUACACUGGUUUGUGGUGUACGUUGGAAUUCCUAACGCCCUGCUGUGUGGUUAAAACUAGAUUUACAUUAUUCACGUAUGAAUGACAACUUUAAACAUAGUUCAACAUUAGGCUAAUGUAUGGCAAGAACUAGUUCGCGCCCCACCUCGU